AUGAAAAUAAUAACUAUUAACGCAAGAGGACUUAAUACACCUCACAAGAGACGACUUCUGGCUGCAGAAGCGCAACACACUAGAGCAGACAUAGUAUGCAUUCAGGAGACACAUUUCAAACAUAAUAGGGUACCCGCCCUUGCAACAAAAGACUAUCCCAUACAAUAUCACUCCACAUACUCUACUAAAGCGAGAGGAGUCACCAUUCUAAUUCACAAGUUGCUAUCCUUUGACCUCUUACAGCUCAAGAAAGACACACAGGGCAGAUACCUGAUUAUCCAAUGCACAAUCAAUGAUGCAAUUUACACCAUAGCAGGCAUAUACAGCCCUAAUCAGAACCAACGGAAUUUUCUACACAAA